AUGGACCAAAUGGAAGAAGAUCACAAUCGAACAGAACACACUCGGGCAACAGGUUACAUGGGCAAAAGCUCAGAGAUUACUUGGAUGCAGCGGCUCCAGAGAGAAGCUGAGCAGCGAGCCCGUGGCAAGUGCGGGACCUUGGAGCCAGACCCCGACGAGAACGAAGAAACGAAGAAUAGCUUUUCUCUGCAUACCCUAGACUAUCAUCUUGACGGCAUAGGCAUCUCUAUACCGGAACCGGUGCAAAAAUACAGCAUGCCUUCGCGGCAGCUAGCGGACCGACUUCUUGACGACUACUUGACAACGAUUCAUCCAUUUUUCCCCAUAAUCAGCAAAUCACUCUUCUGCGCACAAUACAAGACAUUCUUCGCUACUUCCACACCACUUAACAGCGUCCGAACCGGUGACAAAUGGCUCGCAAUUUUGAAUGCCAUUUUCGCAAUCGCGGCUAAACACAGCCAACUCAUGAACGCGCCGUGGCGUGGGAAUGAAACCGAUCCUUUGAUAUACCUGACCCGAGCUAGGCUUCUCAGCAUGAAUGGUGAGCAUUUAUUCAGUCAUCCCGAUCUUCAACAAGUCCAAGUGGAAGGCCUAAUCACACUUUACCUGCUUGCCUCGAACCAAAUCAACAGAGCAUGGAGAAUUUCAGCUUUGGCGGUGCGUUCCGCCAUCGAACUCGGUAUCAACUUGAAGAAUGAGAACCUGUCAGCACCAAACGUCUCUAAAGAAGCUCGCUAUAAGCUAUGGUGGUGCAUAUACUCUCUCGAACAUACGCUAUGCAUCAUGACUGGUCGAGCUCUCUCUUCGCUGGAUGGAGGUUACGCGACACCCUUGCCGCUUCCCUUCGAAGAAGAUCAGCUUCACGAAGAUCCAUCGGCUAUUGAAGUGCUCAACGAUCCCCAAUUGAGAAACAAGCGGAUCGGCAAUGUCAUGGCAAGCUCAUGGAUUCACGUUCAGAGCAGCAAUAGGAAGGAAUUGCAACCACACGACCAAUCUUGGAUCAAAAAUUUGCCUACGAAUUUUGGACUCUGUUACCUUUACUGCUGCGAUUUGACAGUGAUUACCCAGGAGGUUCUCAAUAAAGUCUAUUCAAUCAACUGCGUCGUGCUGCCGUGGUCAGAAAUUGAAAAUCGAAUCGAUGAUUUGCUAUCACGAUUCGACUUCUGGCGGUCAAAUCUACCGACGACGCUAGACUUUACGCAGAAGAUAAACAGCGACAGCUCCGAUCGACUUCGCUGUAAAUUAGCACUGGGCUUCCAAUAUUACAGCGCUCGAAUCACUCUCGGCCGCCCUUGUCUCUGCCGGCGGGAUGCCCGCAAAAACAGUUCUAUCCAGACCUUCAGCCAUAUGAUGGCAGUCAUCACCUUGGAUUCUGCGUCCGGCAUGAUCGAUUUGAUUCCGGACGAGCCGGACGUCCCUCAGCUUUAUGCAAUCUGUCCAUGGUGGUGCUUCCUACGGCAACUGAUGCAAGCGGCGAUCGUCAUUCUCCUGGAGCUGUCAUUCGGCUGCAUACAUAUGCCAGAAGAAAAAGAGAAGCUCGUCCGACUGGCGAAGAAAUGCAUCCGCUGGUUCUUUGCAAUGCCGGAACACAGCGCACGACGAGCAUGGCAGCUCUGCGACUCCGUUUUCCGCAAAUUGGCCAGAGGCAUGAACUUCAACACCGACGACAUCCCGUCCCAUUCAUACCAGCAAGAUCGCAACACACAUAUCUCUGCCUCUCAAUCCUUCUUCCACUCCCCGCCUGCUGUCUCUCGCGAUCACUUAAACUUGCACCCCGAUGACAUGAACCUGUUGGACUCGCACCCAGUUCCAGAGGCUGAUCUCUGGACGACUGACUUCAAUUUUUCCACUCCCAAUCUGAUGUCCUCGCUGCAAGGCUCGGUCGAGAUGACCGAUUCGUACUUUCCCUGUGAUCCUUCCAGUGAAUGUUUGAUCCGAUCUUUGUUUCCGUCUCGCGAGGAAGACAGCAGGGAACACAAUUGA